AUGACUAUUGCUGCCGAAAUCUUCCGAGAAGGAAUAGUCGCCUGGAGCUCACCGCUUGUCCGGGCCGCGUGGGAGGCGCAUAAGGGAGAUGAGGGACCUGAUGGAUGGCGAUGGGAGUGGGAAAUGCGGGAGGCGCCUCCCGACAAGCUCAAUAGAAUGCCGUUCGUAUCCUUAAGCUUCACGCGCACAUAUCCCCCGAUCGCCGGGAAGGGGGACUUUGGGAACGAAAAGCUCGAGGGUGAGAAUUGCGCUGACAGGCGCUCGUCUUACAAUGCCGAGGAAAGACGAAGCACGGAGGCAGAUUUCGAGGAAGAUGUGACAGGCCAGGAUUACCGCGAUGACGCCUCUCUUCCUCCAAUGCAGCCAUCUUCCCCCACACCUGAUCGUGCACGCAUUGCCGUCAUGACGGACUGGGAUUUGCACGUUUUGUACGAUGAGGCCUACAGGACUCCGACACUCUGGUUGCGAGUCACCCGAGCCGAUGGGGCCCCCUUCAUUAGAGAUGAAUUGGCGCGCUUUUGCGGCAUUGCCACGGAAGACACUGACCAAGAAAACGAGAAUUUAGGACCGGCAGGGACGAGGAAGGAGUGGACGCCUGCCAGAGGGGCUUAG